UUAAGUGCAAACUUUAAUGAUUGCCCUUUUAUCUUGUGAAAUUUUUAAUUGCCUCUUAAUUAGCACCUUAAUUAUUAUUAAGAGACUUUAAGAUUACUUUUGCUCAUAUUCAAAUUCUGUGGGUCGAUGCUCACAGAACAAAUCCAAUCCAUUUUAACUCACAAAUUUUUUCCUAUCAGUCAACGCAAUUCUUCCAUGGAUUUUGAAGUAAGCUUUGGCGUUAGAUGUCCCUGUACGUUGAACAUCCAACUGUAAGCAAGAGUGAUGGAGUCAUAACCAAGCACGACGUCGUUUAAAACCCGAAAACGCGGCGGCACGUGCGGUGUUAUGAACUGUCAUACAUAAAUUAUCCUCCAUUCCGCUGCAACUAAUCGGUGUUGAAAGAUCCCAUUCCCACUACCAAACCAAGCCUUAGAAACAAAAGCUUAUUUAAAACCUACUGACUUAACAGCAAUUGCCUUUAUUCUCUCCAAAACCUGCUCCAGUGUUAAAGAGUCGCCUAAUUUUUGAUGGGGAAAGGCGGAGGUUGUGUUCCAAGCAAGAAGAAAAAGCACCCUUCUACCCUUGUUGGUGAUUCCCAAAACGACCGUGCUGAUGCCCCUCCUCCGCCCGUUCCAAUCCCUGAACAGGAAUCCGAGAUUCAGGCCAAUGAGACCACUACGACUACUGUGUCUCAAUCGGUGGUCUCCAAGUUGAAGAUAUUCAUUGUGUUUUAUUCUAUGUAUGGCCACGUGGAGGGACUGGCCAGGAGGAUGAAGAAAGGCGUCGAUGGUGUGGAGGGUGUGGAAGGAGUGCUGUUUCGGGUGCGCGAGACGUUGACGAGAGAGGUGUUGGAGAACAUGAAAGCCCCGCCGAAGGAUGAAUCCAUUCCCGAGAUUUCUGCGGCGGAGCUGGUGGAGGCGGACGGGUUUUUGUUUGGGUUUCCGACGAGGUAUGGCAGCAUGGCGGCCCAAAUGAAAGCGUUUUUUGACUCCACUGGCCAGUUGUGGAAGGAAGGAAAACUUGUGGGAAAACCGGCCGGUUUUUUUGUGAGUACCGGUACUCAGGGCGGCGGCCAGGAAACCACAGCUUGGACUGCGAUCACCCAAUUGGCCCACCAUGGAAUGCUAUUUGUUCCUAUCGGUUACACAUUCGGUGCUGGUAUGUUCAAGAUGGAGUCUAUCAGAGGGGGUUCUCCAUAUGGUGCCGGAGUUUUUGCUGGUGAUGGCACAAGAAAGCCAAGUGAAACCGAGCUGGCACUGGCUGAACAUCAGGGCAAGUAUAUGGCUGCAGUAGUCAAGAGGCUUUGCCAGGCUUGAUGCAUGUCGUCUCCUAUAUGAUUGUUGGUUCACUUAUGUUUGUUUGCUUGCUUUUUGAUUGUUUUCCACCCAUAUUUAUUUUUCUGUUUCUGUCCCUCUUCCUGUUCAGAAGUUGUAAAUGGAAUGAAAUUCUUCUGCUUCAUCUCUGCAAAUAAAAUUUUAAUUUGUGAGAUGCCUUCUUUCUGUAUAUUUUUAUUUGUUUACUUGUAAUUUAUAGAGAUUUGAUGUGAUGUAAUAAAUUUUCAUAUAUGUUUCUUCU